AGAGUUGGUUCAGACUACUCAUCAGCACAGAGACGAGAAACUUGUCUUGUAGAGUCAGAGUCCUGCGAUUCGCCAAGUGGUCAAAGGUUUAGUCUCGCGUGGACCGAUGGUGUACAGCACGGCGGAGAUUUUACCCUUCUAUGGACACAACACCAAGCAGCAGUAUUGCGAGUUCAGCAACUUCUACUGGCAUGACACGGCCUUCCGUUUCGUGAUGCCUGACUUUGCAAAGCAGAGCUGGACGCCGCCCGAGAUCGACUGCCAUUUCAGCGAGAAGGCCAUCAUGGCAAUCAAGGCGUCGCUCUUCGAUGACGCCGAGACCUUCAAGCUCAUCGAUGCAGCGGUCACUCCGAGCGAGACCAAGGCCUUGGGAAGGAUGGUGAAGAACUUCAACGAGGAGCUUUGGUCCAAACACCUGGACCAGACCGCCUUUGAAGUGGUCUUCCAGAAGUUCAAUUCCUCAAAGAGAUUGAGGGAGUUGCUCUUGAAGACAGGGAAGACCCUGAUUGUGGAGGCGGCGCCCAACGACCGCAUUUGGGGAGUUGGCAUCGCCAAGAGCGAUCGCCGUAUUUGGGAUCCAAAGCAAUGGGAAGGGAAGAAUGUGUUGGGAAAAGCCUUGAUGCAGGCGCGCGAUCGGCUCAUGGGCGGCCCAGCGGAGGCAGCACCAGAGCCGCAGCGGAUUGACUCCGCUGGAGCGUCCGAGGCCACCACGGCUGCACCGGAUCCCAAACGUGGGCGCUGGCAGAAGUCCGAAGCGGCGAAAGCGAAGGCGAAGGCGAAGGUUGCUUGCGACAAGCAACGGGACAUCAAGACCUUGCUGACUCAAAGUCAGGAGUCUCCAGAGUGUGCGAGCGACUAUGAUUGCUAUGUGGUGUUGGACUUCGAGGCGACCUGUUGGGAGGGCCGACAUGCAGACCAGGAGAUUAUCGAGUUUCCAUUGGUCCUGGUGGACGCCAAAACCUUGACCCAGGUGGAUGAGUUCCGCACUUACGUGCGCCCGGAGCAGAACCCCACUCUGAGCCAGUUCUGUACCAAGCUCACUGGGAUCACCCAAGAGCAGGUCUCGGAGGCGCCCACCUGGCCCACGGCCCGCGAAGUGGCCAAGGCCUGGCUCGAUGAUCGGCUCUCCGGCCACGGCUAUCGCAGGUGGUUAUUGGUGACCUGUGGAGAUUGGGAUUUAAAGACGAUGUUGCCCAUGCAGUGCAAACUUGCUGGUGAGCCUGUGCCCGCUCCAUUCCAGACCUGGCUGAACAUCAAGCGACUCUUCAGCGAAGUCACCGGAGAGAAAGCCACGGGCAUGGAAGGCAUGCUGGAGGUGUUACAUUUGGAGCUGGAGGGCCGGCACCAUUGUGGUUUGGACGACUGCAAAAACAUUGCCAGGAUUCUGGAGGAGCUGCUGAAGAGAGGUGGAACCAUCAAGGAGGAGCUGCUUUGGCCGAGGACGGGUGGCUACAAAGGCUCGGGCAGGUGAAAGAGUGCAACGACGAUGAGAGCGACUUCAGGGCACAGAAGAAGCUCGAGCAGUCAGUCUUGUGAACUUGGCUGAGUCUCAGUGCGACUUUUUCACUUUGCCAGAAGUACUCGGCUCCAUAGACAUCCAUCUCUGAUCUCACCUUUCGUUCGACCGCUCCGAAUAGGGAAAGGCCCAGGCAAGGCCUGGAAUAACUAUUUGUUGUUCAAUUUGUCGAUAAAAACGACAGACUUGUCCUUCCUCUUUUCUCCUGCGUGCAAACAAUCCAAAAAAUUUGAUGAUGAG